AUUCGUCCUGAUUGAUUUCCACCACAGAUCAAAGAUCGAGGAAGACUCCAACGGUAUGGCAACGUAGACGUAACAGUUACCCUUCCCGCCAGUUUCGUGCCGUUGUUCUUCUGUGGUAAUCUAUGUUAUUUUUUAUUGAUCUUUAUUGCAGAAACCACCAACAACCACCAUGGAUACAGAACAACUCAAGCCGAUCCCCUGCAAGGUAAAAUGCUGUCUCAAAGAACUGUCUCCCGCAAACCAGGUGGUCCUGCGUGGAUACAUUGCCACGUUAAGAGCCGAACUGAAGGACAAGGACGACGAGAUCCGCAAGUUUCAGCAAAACGGUGGAGAUCCUGAGGCGAAGAAGGCAAAGUGCGGGGAACCGGCCUCCUCGUGUAAGAAAGGAUGCUGCGACUAGAUUUCAAGCGUCACUGGCUAGCUAGCAAGCUGUGUUUUCGGCGCAUUGCGUUGCGUCAAUUCGUUGCUCUUAUCUUCCCGAACAAGCUGUACGAUCAUCAUGCUACUACUUUUCAUUGACGAAGAUUCCUUGGCGAGAGUUAUCAAAAGCUGAAUCCGCGACCCAUGUAUUUCGGAGUACGGUGCGAUAGCUAUGAAAACAGAGGUUUUUCUAUCCAUCGUACUCCAUGAUGUAGAAACCAUCAUAACAACCGACUAGCAUAACA